CAGUAGACUGAACAGUACUGCCACCUCUUGUACCGGAGUAGACUGAACAGUCGAAGCUCCCAUGACUCUUCCUGUGAACUUAGUUGACAUGAUGGAUACCGACAGUAAACUGGACACUAACAAACAGUUUCAAACAACCCCCUUACCAGAGUCUCUCUCAUUCUCCGGUCAGCCGUACUCCGUGUCCGUCCUUAAAGUCGGAUACUGUUUCUAUCAGACCGACGGGACGUUUAGAGCCGAUGGGACCAUCACCCUCAUAACGGGACCGAGGACUAUUCUAGUGGACACCGGUGGCCCGUGGGACCGGGAUUUUCUCUUACAGACUUUAAAAGAGAGGGGUCUGGAACCGGGAGACAUUCAUGUGGUCGUGGGGACUCACGGACAUUCAGACCACGUAGGAAAUCUGAGCCUGUUUCCUGCAGCAGUGAUCAUUGUAGGAUAUGAUGUCAGUGAAGGGGACACAUACCGUCCCAACAAGCUGGCAGAGGGACACGCUUACCGUAUUGAUGAGUAUGUAUCUGUAGUACCCAGUCCAGGCCACACAGGACAAGAUGUCAGUGUCCAGGUGAAGGGAACCUCUGCAGGCACAGUGCUUGUUGCAGGGGACCUAUUUGAGUGUUGCUCAGAUGAGGACAGUUGGCGGGAUCUAAGUAUGAACACUGCAAUACAAGAGGUCAGCCGCCAGGAGGCGCUACGCACGGCAGAUGUUAUCAUACCGGGACAUGGACCACCGUUUAGAGUCUUUAGGAACUGAUGAACCAAUCCUAAAGAUUAAUGCUGGGUUGUGUAAGGACGUGCCUGUAGGUGGAGUUUUAUAACUUAACUGCAGCUGUUUGACAUAAUGUAAUCAUACUGAACCAAAGUUUACAUAUCUUACUGAUUAACACGUGUUCACAUGGAGAGGAGCAGCUCCUCAGUUUCUAACCACCGGCUACACAGGCAGAAAAAAACACAUUGUUUUACAUUUGUAACUAUGUAAUUCUCACUUGCGGACUGAACCUGCCUGAACUCAUAUCCACAUCCCUGUAACAAGGUUUGAACUAUCACCACUGGAGAUCACACAGUCCCCUCUGCUGCCCAAAAAUCUAAGUAUUAGAUUAAAGAAGAUAAAAUAAUA